GGCUGCCCCCCUCGGUGCAGACUGGCGCGGGGAUGCCAGGCCGCCCGGCCCCUUCCUCGAGCGCCGCGUGGGAAACGAAAGAGGAAGGGGUAGAGAGGCGUCCGGCGAGUCCCCGCGCGAGCGGAGAGUGUCAGAGGCAGAAGCAGAAGCCAUAAAGUUCCCGGGGCUUCUCCGAGGCCGCUGUCCGGGUUGUCCGUUUGGCCGCCCCCUCCCUGCCUUAGCGAAGGCAAUGGCUUCCAAACUCCUGCGCGCGGUCAUCCUUGGGCCGCCCGGCUCGGGCAAGGGCACGGUGUGCCAGAGGAUCGCUCAGAGCUUUGGUCUCCAGCAUCUCUCCAGCGGCCACUUCUUGCGGGAGAACAUCAAAGCCAACACGGAAGUUGGUGAUAUGGCAAAGCAGUACAUAGAGAAAGGUCUUUUGGUUCCAGACCAUGUGAUCACACGCCUGAUGAUGUCGGAGCUGGAGAACAGACGCGGCCAGCACUGGCUACUAGACGGUUUCCCUCGGACGUUCGUUCAGGCGGAAGCCCUGGACAGAAUCUGCGAGCUGGAUCUAGUGAUCACUUUGAACAUUCCAUUUGAAACACUCAAAGAUCGUCUCAGCCGACGUUGGAUUCACCCUCCCAGUGGAAGGGUGUAUAACCUGGACUUCAACCCACCUCAUGUGCAUGGGAUUGAUGACAUCACUGGUGAACCGUUAGUCCAGCAGGAGGAUGACAAACCUGAAGCAGUUGCUGCCCGGCUAAGACAGUACAAGGAUGUGGCAAAGCCAGUCAUUGAAUUAUACAAGAGCCGAGGAGUGCUUCACCAAUUUUCUGGGACGGAGACUAACAAAAUCUGGCCCUAUGUUUACAUGCUUUUCUCGAACAAGAUCACACCUAUUCAGUCCAAAGAAGCAUACUGAGCCCUACCAGUGAAGAACCAGGAAGAUGUCAUUCAUUCAGUUGUUGUGUAGUAUUGGUGCCGUGUCCAAAUUAGAAGCUAGCAGGGAUAGCUUGCAGCGGCUUUUCUAGUCUAAACGGUGGACUGAAAUGGAAACAAAUGAGUAGAAAGAGUUCAUGAAGAGGCUCUUCUAUGCCUUUGUAAAGAAGGGUCACCCACACAUGUCCAAGAUGGCUCUGCACGUCUCAAGCCCUUCACAAGAAAGCAAGUACAGGCUGGAUUUCAAAUGGUGUAUGACCCAAACUCUAGCUGAGUUCUGACCAUCACGUUAUUGCCAUAGUAGCCUUUUUAACACGUGAUGGUAUUGGCCUCUGGUUCUCCCCGCCCCCCAAAGGCUGCUGAGCCACAGCACCAGGGGGCCUGAGAACACCCAGGGCAGUAGCCCCAGCCUUGUCCCAAGUUCUCAGGUGUGUGGGCCCUUCCUGGUGACUGUGCAAUUGAAGCCAGUUGCUCUUUGUGGUCGCUUCUCUGGCCUUGCGUGACUCUCCGUAAUUUGUUUCUUCUGUUCAGAGUGAUACCUUUUCCUGCAUCCACGCUCCGUAGAAUCUCUCCUUUUCAGACAUCCUGGAACGAAAGGAUUUGCUUCUACUAUGUUUAUUAGACUGUAUCCUGGUGCAUCUGUUUUCUCCCUUCCUAGGUUAUCAAGUAAUACAGAUAGUUACUGCUUUUAUCUCUCUCUCAGAUCCUUCCUAAGAGCCAAGAGGGAGGGGAGGGUGUCCAGUUGCUUCUUGCACCAGGAACUGAGCUCUGCAGAGGGUCUGCUGAUGCUGCUAGGAUGACCCUCACGGGUGGACACUGCUCUUUUCUUUUAUUGUGAAAAAAUAAAAUCUUCAAAGUCUUUGGGAGUCUUCAAAAAAGUGAGAGAUACUACAUAAAUGUUAAAGGAUCGUAUCUUGUGUAUAGAAGUAAUAAGACCAUAUGGAAUUACUGCACUAAAAGAAUAGUUUAGCUUUUUAUUCAAGACAAAAAAAUGUAUUUUGAAAUGCUGCUAAAUAUUGAUGCUGACAGUGUUUUUCUUCUGUGAGUGACCCAAACGUAUUAUAAAUAGUUGGUAAAGGGAACGGAGCCUGUGGGUUGAGGAAAAUGUUGCACUAGCUGUGCCCAGACUAACAUGACAGCUUUAUGAUAAUGGGAAAACAGAUUCUUCAAUUGUUUUUUUCUAUUCCAAAGAUGCUUUCUGUGGGGUGGCCAUUAAGUCUAGAAAUAUAGAUGAUACAGUUUUGUCAGUCUUUGUAAUGUAAUAUCAAUAAACCAUUUAUUAAAGAUUCGUCUGGUUUCCAGGCUUGGUGGCCACCUAAUGUAAUUCUUGCUCUCCUCUGGGAAGGACAAUGAAAUUUAUUCCUGUUGCCUUAAAAAUAAAUGCCCCUCUUCUUGCAUCAUGAUUGACCCUAAGGAGAGUCCUUUGCUAUUCCUGGGAGUGACUUCUGUCUAACUCUUCAUACUGAGAAGGAAAAAAAAAAAGCCUAUUUCAGCAUGUCUCUGGUGUUACAAUAUAUUAUUUAUUUUCUGAAGAUAUCCUGGAGAAUCUUCAGUCAGUCCCUGGCAGAUGUGUUCUAUAUGGUAAUGAUUGCAUCUUCCCUAUAAAUACUGCCCUGCUCCUGCCUCUCCUCUAUGCCUUCGUGUGAAUGCUCUUUAACUACCUUAGUGGAAACAUAGACUGGUCUCAUUCUCUGAAUCACCAUGUUACCUUUUGGGUUUAUGCAAUGGAGAUGCCCAGUUAGGUGUAUGAAACCUCAGUGCAUGAUACGGACUUCUAGUGCUUUAGAAGGGGCCGGGUUUGAAUGCCAGUUGGUGGGGACAGGGUUAAAAUCAGACCUGUAGGUAAAGCUCAGGUUUCCUGGGGAAACAGGUGUAGAGAAAACAAAUCCGAAAUGAAAAAAAGUUGCACAGUUUAGACUAGUACUGCCAAGGAGACAAUUUCCAAAAACUAGGAAAAAUAGAGCAUUAAGGUUGUUACAUGGAUAAUUCAAGACAGGAAAGUGUAUGCCCUUCUGGAAGUAGAAAAAUCAUCACUCUUCCUUUAGUUCUUUUCAUGUUUAACAGACUCGCUCUGGAGUUUUCAAGAGACAUAUGAGAAAUGGCUAGUCCCUGAUGCCACACUCUAGUCCUCCAUACUUCCCUCUUUUCUUCCAGCAGAAAAGACAGUUAUAGUCAGCGUGGGAGCCUCUCAGUGUCUCAAUGGCAUUUGCUGUUUCUGUGCUUGGUGAGGGCCCUGUCCUUGGUGAGACCAUUAAACAAGACAAAUACCUUUCCCAUGAGUCUUUGAAAGAUGAUACUUACUUCAUGUUCAGUGGCUUAAAAAGUCUAUUUCAGAUUUUCUUCAACAAGCUCUCUAGCCUUUCCUCCAAUAAUUUUAUUUAAAAAAUUAAAAUUCUCUUGAAAGUAUUUUGAUUAAAGCUAAAUGGCCAUCUUUUCUUGGGUUUUCCUUCUACUGUAAAACAUAUGGGUCCUUUAGAAUUAUGCAAAGAGUAAUUUGGGUGUCUAUAAGAUUCCUACCUGUCUACACAUUCUGUGUUCUAGCCAGUUGUGAAUUAAUUUUGCUUUCUGUUGUCUGAACAGGUUUCCCACUUACUUAGAGCUUGGAAGCAUUGCUGUGUUUAAUACCCUUUAACACUAAGUACCAUUUACUGAAGGCCUUUUGGGUGAUAGGUGCAGUUCUAGGACCUUAGCAAACACUCAUUUAAUCUUUCAAGCAUCCUUAGAGAGGGGCUCGAGGCCACGUUUAUAAACAAGGAAGGCAGGGGUCAGAGGUGUGACGCAUCCUGCCCAGGCUCUGGCUGCCAGUAGACCGCGCAGCUCGGACUCACAGCCAGGUUCCUGAUUCUGCAGCCUGACUUUGCUCCUGGACAUUAACUAUCUGUGUCCUGUCCCAACCGACCCAGGGUGCUGAGCCUGCGUGAGUUUGCUCGUAUUUCUAAGUGGCCUUAUCAGUAGUAGCGGAAGUGACAUUCAGCUCUAUGUGGGACUGUCUCUCCCCCGCCCCCACACCACCCUUCAGCUGCUAGAGGAAGAUCUGAGCCUUUGAUCUUCUUCCAUAACUCCUCACUUAUAAAAUGAAAGGCUGUGGAAGUAGGCUGGGCUUGGUUCCAGGCUAGUCUGUGGAGGAGUUGUGUUCAUGUUUCUCACCCACCCUUUUGGUGUCUGUGGUGCUGUGCCCCUAAGGGACCUUUACGCUUCAGCUGCCCCCAACUACAGUGCUCCCUGUAGACGCAGGCUUCUGGGAGUUACCAGAUGUUACUCACUUUUCUUCCCUGAUACCAGGAGAAAUUACUCCCUCACUUCCAUCCAAAUAAGGCCCUGAUGUUCAACAUUCAUCCUGAAGUGCUGGCAAGUGCUGGAGCCCCCAAUGUGGCAUCUUCCCUGUGUUACACGCACAUUAACAUGAUCUUGAGUGCCACAUCCAUACCUUUGCCUCCCAUCUGACGUGGCACUGCUUGUCAUGCACAGUCCUGGUGGGAGCCGGGGGAGAUGGGCUUCCUGUCUUACCCGCCUUGCCCAGGGUCACUCCCCACCCCCCUCCAACAGCCAAGCUCUGAUGAGCUCCAGCUUUACCCAGAGUGUGCCCCUCCCUUUGGUAGGGAAGGAAAAAGGUGAAAACAGCCAAUGGAUGAGGGGGAUUCUUGGAAAGAGGUACUGCUGUGGCUUCACUCCCCAAUCACUUAAAGGGUUGUUGAGACAGGAUGGCUUUAGAUAGAAGGGAGCCUGUGUGAAACCAUAAAUAAGACUGUUAUAAAAUUUAGUUCACUGUAAACUGAUUUCAGUGUUAGCAGUCUAAAUAGCUUAUCAGCCUGCUGGGGGCCCUGCUUAGAUCAUAAAGACCACAAAAUUACAAAUAUGUUAAGGCAUAGACAUUCUUAGUAGUUCCUGUUUUUUGGUGCUUAAUGCUACGUGCAUUAUGUGCAUUGUCUAAUUAAAUCUUCAGUAGUUAUCCUACGUAAUAGAUGUUUUCAUUAUCUUGCAUCUUUGUAUAAAAACUGCAAUCAUCCUGUUCACUUAAAUUUGUAUUUUCAUGUACCUGUAGGGAUUAACCAGGAAAUUCAAAAGGACCCCCCCCCUUUCCUCCUUUGAGUUCCCCAUUCUAAUUAAUAGGCAAACCAGUGUUAUUUCAUCGUACCUGGAAUCUUUGCUUUUGGCACUCUGGUGCUGAGACAAGAAAUGAGCACUCAGUGGGUCCUGGUGGUAGUUGCACACUGUAUAUACAGAGGGCAUAUAUCUCAUCUGCACUCGGCUGGGUGACAGGAUCUGGGGAGUCAUUCAUAUCUACCUGAUGACUUUCGUUUAUUACCUUUCAUUUAAAAGACAGUAUCUUUUCUUGCCACACGUAAUUUUGCCAGAGAAGCCACAUUGUGUUCUGAGUAUGAAUUGCUUUCUUUUUAAUUCUCCUGCAUUUUUAGUAACUCCCUGGUCUACUUGGUGUCUCAAAAGGAGAACCUAGCAAUGCAGCCUUUUUUUUUUAAUUUAAUAUGGGUAUGUGGUCUAGUCAUAAGUUAUCACUUUUUUUCCACAUAUAACUGAUCCAGUCUGGUUCCUAGAUGAAAAGUGUGCAAGACCCAGAUGUCAGGAAACCAUGAAGCCCUUUUUCAACUAUGAAGAAAAAUCUGCUUCCUGCAUCUGUUGAGACAUACUAUAGUUACAAUUGCUCAUAAAUGCCAUACCUUAUCUUUCUUUUAACAAAUUGCACAGUUCUUGCCAAAAGAAAUGCCAUUAUCUGUAUGCUUCAGGGAAUUCCCCCAAUUUGAUCAGUGUGUGGGGGGGGGGAGGGAGGGAGGGAGGGAGAUGAUGCAACAUUUCCAAGAGGACAGGAGCCCUUGGAUGGCGUGGAUGUGCAUUCCUUUCAGGUAAUAGUUGGGCUAUUCGAGGAAACAGCAUCUGUCUCCCUGGAAAUAGAAGGUUUCCUGUUUGUGACCUUUCCAAGUUACACCAAGUGCACCUUGCAGUUCUCCCUGGGGUUGGGGUAUGUUUAAUUCCAUUUCAUAAAACCUUUCUUCACUUUAAAGCUUUGGCUGUGACGUCAGAAAUGUGCUAAAUAAAAACAAACUGUUUUGUAUUUAAUUUAGUGAAGGGUAAAGGGAAGAAAAAAAAACUCAGUCUUUAUGUAAGCUCCAAGGUGUUAGGGCUUAGAGGGUUUUUCUAGUUUUAUGAGUAUUUGUACUACUGAUUUUUAUAUAUUCCUGUUUUUGAGAUGAACAGAUUUCUGGAGAAAUUGUUGCAUUACAAUGGCGUUUCACUGUGACCCCUCUCAAGCUCAAAUCUGUUCUCUAAGCCAAUGACAACUUGUCACUUCGGUUUACUGUCCUGUGAAAAGUCAGCUCCAGUUCCCAGAAGUUGUGUGUUUAUGAUGAGUCACUGCUUUUCCUCAGUGAAAGUUGUCAGCCCUCUUGAUUUGGGUGAAUGUGCUGAAUCCAGAAACCUGUAGUCUAAUCUGUACGUGCCCUCCUAACUAACUGUUAAUUGUUAUUGACUAUUUUGAUUAUCUUGCUUGAAGAUUGAUUCCUACUUUUUAAUUUGAUAGAAAUAAAGUUUUUUUUCCUGCUUAUAA